AUGUAUCGCCAAUCAUCGCUUAACGUCUUUAAGAACGUUCUUAGACGUACAAUAUUGUCUCAGAGACAGCAAUUCUUUCGUUAUUCGUCUAACUCAUCGAAGGCAAACCCCCUCUUCAAGGAUGUCAAUAUUCCAGCGAUGAUUCUUGCAUCAAGUGUCACUCUGGGUGCCAUUUACAUGGUUUGUCCUCUGAAGAUGAAGGUAAAGAAGGACAAAGUGCGUUCAUCAGGGGCGGCAGUGAUUGCAUCGUCAUCUGUAGGUCAGGAUACACUUGUGGGGGGCGAUGAUGUUGAGGAACCCUUGGAGGAAGCAACGGAAGUAACGGGGGAACAAUUAAUUGAGCCUUCUGAUCAUUUUGCGAAUGGUUCAGAUGAAAAUGGAGUGACAGAGCAUGUAGCGGAUGCAGCUGAAACAGUGGUAGAAAAUGGUAAUGUUUCUGUUCAAGAGUCAGCGUAUGACCCGGGAACUGGUGAAAUUAACUGGGAUUGUCCUUGUUUAGGAGGUAUGGCCCAUGGACCUUGUGGAGAGGAAUUCAAGGCGGCCUUCUCAUGUUUCGUGUAUUCUGAGGCGGAUCCCAAAGGUAUUGAUUGUGUUGAAAAAUUCCAGGCAAUGCAGACAUGCUUCAGACAAUAUCCUGAACACUAUGCUGAGCAAUUAAAAAAUGACGAAGAGGAAAUUGCUGAAGAACAGUUGAAUGAGACACAUUCCGGUCAGGGUUUAGCUGCUACAGAUGGUGAUUUCUCAGUGGGAACUACCUUGCAAUCCUCUACUGAGUCUAGCGAUGCUAACGGACAGUGA